UUUACUUUUAGAUCCGCAGUGCGUGCAAAAGUGGCAUUUAGAAUAAUAAUUGUUUACUUGAGUUUUUCUAUGUUUGUCCUUUCACAGUAGUUUAUGAUAGUUUAAGUUUGGUGUCCGGUUGAUUUAGUCUUAUCUGGCAAAUAGAAAUCUUAAAAUGGCUACUUCUUCACAGUAUAGAAGGGUUCAUGAUGAAGAACUCACUGAGGUCAAGAUGUGGCAAAAAGUUAAAGUUCUCCUUUGGAAAGUGUACAUUCUGAGGAAACGCCACUUUGUUCUCACCUUUCUCGAACUCUUGGUGCCUGUCGUCCUCUUCUGGCUAGUCGUUCAUUUCAAAAACAUGUUGCCAGAACAAAAGGAAAUAGUGACUGACAAAUAUCCGAAACUGUACUCGAAUAUUACAAGACUGGGAAACUACAAGAUUGCAUUCUCACCAUCAAACAGCAUCACAGAAUCGGUGAUGAAGAUUGCUUCUGAAAAAAUAAUUGCGUCGGGAUGUAACGUUACACUGGUAUCAAAACAUACGGAAAAUGAAGUAGUUAAUUGGUUAAAGGCAGAAUAUGUCAAAGAUGUAAAGAAUAAAACCCGUGAUUAUUUCUUCUGGGUUACCAGUCCGAAAGGGGUUGGAGUGAUAUUUCUGGACACAAGUUACAUUGAGAAUUUAACUUACACUCUUCGAACAACUAGAGGGAUAUUGGAGACAGAUGAAGACUCUUUGUACGGCCAAAAAAAUGGAUAUGGCAUUUCAAAAUAUAGCUUUUCUGGUUUUUUAACAGUUCAGUCUGCAAUUGAUCAGGCAUACCUCAAAGUAGUUCAAAACAUAACGAUUCCAGAAGGCACAAAAAUAACCACCCUGCCAUACGUGAAGUACGCUGUGGUAGACUUAGUACAGCUGCUGAUGCCAACCAUCAUAUCUCUUGGUUUUACGUUUGUGAUGCCGUCGUUGCUGAAAGAGGUUGUGGAAGAGAGAACUUCGGGUAUCAAGGAGAUGAUGAAGAUUAUGGGACUGAGCCCGUUGCUGAACUGGCUGAGUUGGAUGGUGUACAGUCUCCUGGUUUAUCUCCCUGUAACUGUCGCCAUCACCUUUCUGCUUACGAUAGACUCAGGCACCGGACCACCAAUUGACGCAAACUUCUUCUACGUUUGGGGAAUGUUUGUUCUUUUUACAAUUUCUUUCCUCACCCUCAUUCUGGCCAUCAGUACAUUUUUUACCAACGGCACCAUAGCCAUGAUAGCUGGGGAACUGAUAUGGUACGGAGUCACCAUAUUGUUGGACACAUUUGUCGUCAGUUAUCCAGACCAGUACAACAUCUCAGUUCAGAUUCUCACCUGUUUAUGGCCUUCUAUAGCAUUGGUUUGGACCUUCAGAACGAUACACAACUUCCAUCGUAGUGGCCACCCAUGGACGCUCGGAAAUUUGUUUGAUGACGGCGCUGGCGGAGGAAGAGUUUCUGUCGGGUUGGCGCUACUGAUGCUGAUUGUUGACAUUGGUGUCUACAGCUGCGUAACAUGGUACAUGGAUAAUGUCAAGCCUGGACCGUAUGGUAGGGCAAAGCCCCUUGGAUUUAUUUUCAAGUACUUCAAGAAGAAAAGACAAGCUACAAACACUGUGGUUUCACAAAAAGAAUCUCAAGAAAACUUUGAAAAAGUGCCGAAAGACAUCAGUGUUGGUAUAAAAAUAGAAAACCUUGUCAAAACAUACAGCAAAGGAACCGUAACUGCAGUGAGAAAUGUGAAUCUAGACAUUUAUAAAGGCAACAUUACUGCACUGCUUGGUCACAACGGAGCGGGAAAGACUUCUCUCAUGUCUAUGCUGGCUGGUUUCUUCUCACCCACCAGUGGCCAAGUGAUUGUCAACAACCAGAAUAUAUUUGAGAACAUGGUACAAUUCCGUUCCAGUCUCGGACUCUGUCCUCAGCACAAUCUGCUCUUCACAUACUUCACUGCUCUUGAGCACCUCAUCUUCUUUGGAAUGCUCAAGGGAAUGACAAUGAGUCAGGCCAGACAGAAAAGCAAAACGAUGCUUAAAACUUUAAAAAUCUACGACAGGAAGGAUUAUACGAUAGCAAAAUUGUCUGGUGGGAUGAGAAGAAAAGUGUCUCUUGCUAUUGCUCUUUUAGGGGAUCCAGAGGUGGUCCUGUUGGAUGAACCGACAUCCGGCAUGGAUCCAGAAUCUCGGCGGCAGGUUUGGGAUAUUUUGUUGACUUUACGAGGACAGAAAACUAUAAUCUUCACGACUCACUUUAUGGAGGAAGCGGAUGUUUUGGGUGACAGAAUAGCUAUCAUGAACCACGGUAAAGUCAGCUGUUAUGGCACUCCGAUGUACCUCAAGCGCCUUUAUGGCAAAGGCUACCAGUUGCAUGUAAGUAAACGUGACACAGCACCAGUGAAUCCCAUCGUUCAAGUCAUCGAGCGACACACAACCAACGCGACCAUGAAAUUGUCCUCUCCGUCACAGCUGAGCUUCAACGUACGAGCCGAGGACUCACCUCAGUUCCCGAGUUUGUUCUCCGCUCUUGACGGCAAAAGAGACAAUCUCGGGGUGAUUGGGGUGAGCAUCAACUGCACGACCAUAGACGACGUUUUUAUCAGUGUCAUAGGAGGAGAUUCAAAGGAAAGAAAAAGUUCUGAUUGUAGCAUCGAGGCUCUGGAAUCUAAAAUUGUUAAAUUGAGUGGACGUGAUUUAUUGGUGCAGCAAAUCAAAGCACUGGUCUACAAAAGGAUGCUGAUAAGAGUGAGGAGUUGGAUAAGCACUAUUAUUUAUGUCGUAGUUCCAGUAGCUCUAAUGGCAGCCACAGUAUUACAGUUGAUGUAUCAAGAUUAUUCUCCUGUUCAGAACAAACUGAAGAUUGCCUUGUCUAGUUUUCCGAAAGUCUCUGUGGCCGUUCAAACAGACAACUCGACUGUGAGUGAAGCCCUGACAGGAAUUAUCACCUCUGGAAAAGCAAGCGUCAUUUCCAUACCAACAAUUGUGGACUUGGAAAAGUAUUUCAUCAGCCAGCUGAAUGGACAGAGAGGGUUGAUCCAGUACGAGAGAUCAAUGAUCGCAGGCUACCAAUCGCUGAGUAACAUUUUGAUCGGAGGCUACAGUCAGUAUUUUGAUCACUCGUUUGCACUCGUUCUGAACAUGAUGGCCAACAUACUAAUACUACUGAACAACAAAUCUGCAAGCAUCACAACCUACUGUCAUCCGAUAGCAGUGUUCGACACGGUAGACGAGUGUGACAGAGCAAUGGACGCGUCGGACCACGUAUCUAGUUUCCCGCUCAAGGUGAUUUUCCUGUCGCUGGGUCUGCUGAUGAUGACGAUGAGUCUGAUUCCGUUCCCACUCAAGGAGCGAGUGACCCGAGUCAAACAGCUGCAACUCAUGAGUGGCGUAUCUCCGCUGCUGUACUGGCUGGUCAUGUUCCUCUGUGACUUUGCGUUGUGUCUUGUCACGACAUUACUCAUGGUCUGCAUGAUCCUCGUGUUUCAGCAGAACGGCGUCUUCACCACCUCAGGAUACAUAGGUACUGUUGCAUUAAUCAUAGUUUUAUUUGGAUGUUCUGGGUCCUUGUUCGCAUAUUUCUUCAGCUUCUUUGUCAAAUCAUCUGUGAAAGCUACUGUUUCAUUUGUGGUGUUCAAUCUGGCAGUUGGACUGUUUGGAGCUACAUUCCUCGCAAUUCUCGACAGAACGUACACAUCUUUUGGCAUGUGGAGGUUCAUUCUGAGUUUCAACCCAUUGUUCUCAGCAACGUCCGCUCUGAUCCAUCUCUUCACAGUCAUGUACUUGGAUGGAACGUGUUUGCAGUGCGGUUAUAAUUGUGUCAAAACCGACCCUUUCAAUUUCAUUGAGGCUGGUCAGAACUCGUCAAACCCUCAUGGAAUAAACAGUUUCCUCAUCUUUCUCGUAGUUGACAUAUUUGUGUAUUCGGGUCUUGUGCUGACAGUCGAAUACGGAAUGAUGAAACGACUUAAGUUCCUCAUCUCGACACUUUGGAUAAAACAUGCGGAAAACAAUUACAAAAAUGAUGAGGAUGUCAAACAGGAAAAAGAAGAGGUCCUUACAUAUAACAAGAUUGGAGGUUUGCUCAAGAAUACAGCCAUCCUUCAAGUGUACAGUCUAGGCAAGAAGUACACCCGUGAUACAACAGCCGUACACGAUGUCACGUUUCAAGUGGGCAGAGGGGAAUGUUUCGGACUGUUGGGUGUCAAUGGGGCUGGCAAAACCACCACUUUCAAAAUGCUCACAGGCGAGGAAAUACCUGACAAAGGGGAUGCCAAUGUUUACCAAUUGAGUCUCAUAAAGAAUAAAUCCAUGUUUCUGUCCCAUGUCGGCUACUGUCCUCAGUUUGACCCCCUCAGUUCUCUGUUGUCGGGCAAAGAGAUGCUGAGAGUUUUUGCUCUGGUGAGAGGAAUCCCUAUGGAGGAGUGUGAAUCCGAGGUGCACAAAUGGAUUCAAAUACUUGGAAUGCAGGAGUACGCAGACAGACCCUGUGGCACGUACAGUGGGGGCAACAAGCGCAAGUUAAGCACUGCUAUUGCGUUCAUCGGGUCUCCUCCCGUCGUGUUCCUGGAUGAACCCACCUCCGGAGUAGACCCCUUGUCCCGCAGGAGGUUGUGGGACAUUGUGGCCGAGUGUCAGAGGACGGGACAGGCCAUCGUGCUCACAUCUCACAGCAUGGAGGAGUGUGAAGCGUUAUGCUCUCGACUGACUAUCAUGGUCGGGGGCCGAAUGAAGUGCAUCGGUAGUCCGUUAUAUCUCAAACACAAAUUCGGCCAAGGCUACACAAUUAAGGUGAAAAUGAGUCCAACAGUCAACCGGAAGGAUUCUCUGAAUUCACUCAAGGAAAACAUGAAAACUCAUUUCAAGAAUUGUGUUCUCAAAGAUGAACAUUUGGGUCUUCUUCACUACCACCUCCAAGACCACACGGAGCCUCUCGCCAAAAUCUUCCAGAAGAUGGAAGACUUGAAGAAGAAGCAUACAUUAAUCGAAGACUAUGAUGUAAGUCCCACGACUUUGGAGGAGGUUUUCAUGUCAUUUGCUCGUCAGAGUGUUAAGGGCUGUGAUUAAACAUGUUUUUAUGCAUUUUA